AUUCGGCGAUAGCAGGCCGGGAACCAGGGUGCCGGCGCAGACUCUAGUACCGUGUACCUUUCGCCGCCUCAUCCACAGAUCUGAAUCACAGCCAUCUUUUGAUACAUUCAAAGAACAACGCCAGCACCACAGCUACAUAUCCUCGUGGAGGGAUCUCGACUGAGAAUCGCAAACGCUUCCAAAAGCAACAACUUCCCCCAUCCCACCGAAUCCACAACUACACCCACCUGCAACACCGACAAUACCUUGAAAAGACCCCCACCAUGGCCACCCCCGAACCAAGCACCGUUGACGAGACCAAGAAGAUGGAACAGAUCACCUUUCGCUUCUGCAGCGAAUGCUCCAAUAUGCUGUACCCGAAAGAAGACCCCGAGAGCCACCGACUGAACUUCGCCUGCCGAACGUGCCAAUACUCCGAGGAAGCCACCUCGUCCUGUGUGUUCCGGAACAUUCUCAACAACGCCGUCGGUGAGACUGCUGGCGUGACUCAAGACGUUGGAUCGGAUCCAACUCUUCCUCGGUCGAAUAAGACUUGCCCGAAGUGCAAGACGGAGGAUGCAGUGUUCUUCCAGUCUCAACAGAGAUCUGCGGAGACUGGAAUGAAACUCUUCUAUGUGUGCUGCGGGUGCGGUCACAUCUUCUCAUGAUACCCCCGUUUUGGCGAUUAUUGCAUUCUGUUUUCUUGUGUUGCGGCGUUCAGUGGAUCUGGAUCUAGACAAACGGAGUUUGGAGUGGGCUC